UUACAGAACAGUUCAAAAAGGCGUUCUGAAAACGUGCUUACGUUUGGACCUUCUGACGUAUCGUAUCAUAACAAACAUGGCGUCCUCCUCCGAUGUACACGUCCGAAUAUGUGGCCAAGAGAUUAUCAAAUAUGAUCUGGAAAUCAAAGCUCUUAUUCAGGACAUACGAGAGUGCUGUGGGCCACAGGCAGUGCUUCUGGAUCUGAACUCUACAGUGAAGGAAAAGUUCAAUCAGUUAAGACAGAGGAUUCAGGACAUGGAACAGAUGGCAAAAGAACAAGACCGGGAGACUGAUAAACAAGCUAUCUUGAGUGAAACGGAAGGCCAUCGGAAGCAGAUGUUAAGUAACCAGACGGCGUGGAGGAAGGCAAAUCUGGCCUGCAAGAUGGCCAUUGACAACCUGGAGAAGGACGAACUGCUUCAAGGUGGUGAUUCAGUCAGACAAAGGAAAGCCACUAAAGAGAGUUUGGUGCAGACAUCCAGUGACAUCACCGAGAGUCUGAUGAGCGUCAGUCGUAUGAUGUCACAGCAGGUGCAGCAGAGCGAGGAGACCAUCGGAACUCUGGCUUCAUCCUCCAGGACUGUGCUAGAGACAAACGAAGAGUUUAAGGCCAUGACGGGAACCAUUCACUCGGGGCGAAAACUUAUCCUGAAAUAUAAUCGGCGUGAACUGACCGACAAACUGCUGAUCUUUUUAGCUCUUGCUCUGUUUCUGGCUACAGUGCUCUACAUCCUGAAAAAGAGACUCUUCCCCUUCAUUUAGUGGAAAAGAGAACUGUGUCAACUUCACACUGGUGUUCCAUAAAUCAUUCUGUGGUGAGCACCACAGUCCUUAAACCAGUGGUUCUUUCAAAAUGAGAGUUUUGUCACCAUUUACUCGCCAUAAAGUGGGUGAAAAGCUUCAAAAUUCUCUGGGGACACAAUAAGGGAGGAUAUUGAAGUGCUGUUCUAAAAUCAUAUAUCAUAUAAAAUCAGGAUCACUAAACAGAAAAUCAGGAAGGAAUGAAAUCCACUUUGCUGUCUUGUAAAUUUUCCUACUUUAGUCUUACUGAUUGAUAGCAUUGGCAUAUUCAGUUUUGCUCUCAGGUUAGUUGUGUAAUAUCCCAGUAUUGCACAAAGUUCAAAACAACCUUUAAGAUGUUUAUGCCUUAUGAACUAUUGCAAUGAUUAAUAAUAUACAUGACUGAAGGUCAUGCUUUAUAUGCAUUUCAAAUCAAAAGGUUAGAAUAAUUAUUAGAAGUCUCUAAUGCUUUCCAAGGCUGUAAUAAAAUAUUAUAACAGUUUUAAAGGACUGUUUUCUAUGAUUAAAACCAUAAUACACUACUGUUAAAAAGUUUGAUACAUUUAUUUUUUCAAGAAGCUCCUACUUUUAUUCAGCAAGAAGGAUGCAUUAAAUUGGUCAAGUGACAGUGAGUUUUAAAUAAAUAAAUACACCUUUGAAUGGUAGUGUAUUUUCAACACUGAUGAUAGCAGAUCAGCAUAUUUUCAUGAUUUCUGAAGAUCGUGUGACACUGAAGACUGGAGGAAUGAUGCUGAAAAUACAGCUGUGCAUCACAGGAAUAAAUGACAGUUUAAAACAGUUCUCUUCUAUGACUUCACAUAUAUUACAAUUGACUAUAUCUGUGAUCAAAUAAAUGCAUCCUUACUAAGAGACUUAGAAUAUAAAAAAAAGAAAAAUAAUUAUUCCAAACUUUUGACUGCAGUUUAGUAUCUGGGAUAUUUCAUAUUGUUUACAGCCUCUCAGCAGUAACUCUCUACUUGAUCGCUAUUCUAGACAUUCUGAGUUAUUCCACAUUAAAGAUCUCCGAGCAUGAUUAUAGUGUGUUCACAACAUGGAAGAUGUUUGGGACUGUUAGGGUCCUUCGUGUUCUAAUUUGGGGUUAACCACUAGGGGGUGCUGUGUCUCUGUUUCAAUGGGAAAUGUGUCUGGAUGUCUUUAAACAAUUUACAAAUAUUCAGAACUGGUCAUUUUU